AUGACUGACGCCGCUGCCGAACCGCUCAUCCGCAACGACCCGAAUGAAGAGGACGGCGAUGCAGACGAGGAUGUGGAAGUAGAUGAGAGCGCGCUGGCGGCGCCAGGAUUGUUCAUAUGGGGGUUGACAAUGUGUGCGGGUGUCAGUGGGCUGUUGUUUGGCUAUGAGUCGUUCUUCGCUCUCUUGGCUUCGCCGCUUACGGGCAUCUUGGCUGAUGCUCUUGGGCGCCGGAGCAUCAUUCUCAUCGCGGACGUCUUGUUCGUUGCUGGCGCGCUCAUACAAGCGUUCUCGACUACGGUAUGGGGUAUGAUUCUGGGACGAAGCGUGGUGGGCGCUGCAGUGGGGAGUGCGAGUUUCGUGGUGCCCAUGUACAUCAGCGAACUGGCGCCUAGUGCAUUCCGUGGUAGACUUGUCACUGUCUCAAGUCUCUUCAUCACCGGCGGUCAGGUUGUCGCCUACAUCAUCGGCUGGCUUUUCUCCACGCUACCACAUGGAUGGAGAUGGAUGGUUGGUCUCGGCGCACUACCAGCCGCAGUGCAGUUCUGCAUGCUCUUCGUCCUUCCAGAAACACCUCGCUACCUGGUAAAGGCUGGAAGGAAAGAACAAGCGAGAGGAGUGUUGAGGAAGGUUUAUGGUCUUGGGGACGGGAUGGAGAAAAUGGUUAAUGGCGUGCUGCGCAAAGUCGAGAAAGAGAUCCUCGAAGAGGAAGACGCAGCCGGGCUUCGAAACGUCCCUCAAACUUCUAAAACUGGCUGGUCUUCGAAAAUCGCCAGAGUGCAAGACAACUUCUCCCAACUCGUCAAUGUAGGCGGAAACCGGCGCGCCCUCAUCAUCGCAUGCAUGCUACAGGGUUUCCAACAACUAUGCGGCUUCAACUCCCUAAUGUACUUCUCCGCCACAAUCUUCCGCCUCGUCGGCUUCCACAGCCCAACCCUAACCUCUCUCUCCAUCGCCCUCACAAACUUCCUCUUCACUCUCCUCGCUUUCCACUUCAUCGACCGCGUCGGCCGCCGCCGCAUCCUCCUCUUCUCCAUCCCAGUCAUGAUCGCCGGCCUCCUCCUCUGCUCAAUCGCCUUCCUGCAUGUUGACCUCACCGGCGAAGCCGGCUCUUCCACGCUUUCCAAUCGCACAUGGCCGCUAGUCAUCCUCAUUGCAAUGGUAACCUACGUCGCGGGCUACGCCACAGGUCUCGGCAACGUCCCAUGGCAGCAAUCAGAGCUAUUUCCGCUGCAAGUACGUAGUCUGGGUAGUGCGCUUGCGACGGCGACGAAUUGGGGGAGCAAUACGCUUAUUGGGGUGACAUUCUUGCCUAUGAUGGAGUUUUUCACGCCGACGGGCACGUUUGGCUUGUAUGCGGGCGUUUGUGGGGUGGCGUGGUGGACGGUUUGGAAGAUCUAUCCUGAGACGGCGGGGCUGGGGUUAGAGGACGUUGGGGGUUUGUUGAGGAACGGAUGGGGGGUGGAGGAGAGUGUGAGAGGGUUCAGAGAGAGGAGGAAAAGGUAG